CGUAUAUUAUAUGCGCCUGUUGGUGACGUCAUCAUUCCACGCGUGUUGCGCUGAGCUGCAGAGAAUGCACAGCGGUGCUAGCUCCCAACAGAGUGACCAUGGAAAAUGGACAUUAUCCAGCAGUGAUGACGAAGAGGAGACGUCCAUAAAACCCUCUUCAUCAUCAUCAUCAUUAUCCGCAAACAGAGACAGCAAAGACUCUAUGCCACAGUAUCCCUGCUCUGAAGCCAGGAAAGCUUCUCACAAACGGAAGUCAAACCCAGUGAAAUUCGAGGAACAUGCGCACAGUAAGGACGCCUCGCCUGCCAAAAAACUGAAAUCAGACAAGGAUGAUUCUGGCUGGUGUCUGUCGAGUAGCGAUGAGGAAACCAAGCCAUCCCACAAGGUCAAGGUUAAAAUCGAAAAGGAGGGACUAAAGAAACAGCCACUAGCCAAUCAGCAGGGUCUGAGCACACAGACACAUGGGAAAUAUAAAACUCCAAGCGACUCCCAGGAUCCCUGGGAUGUACUUCAGGCUGGGGAACCUUUCCGCUUCUACCUUACUAAGGUCAAUGGGGUUAAACCGAAGUACAAUGCUGGAGCACUCCACAUUAAAGAUAUAUUAUCUCCUCUCUUUGGUACUCUGGAGUCGUCAGCACAAUUCAACUAUUGCAUACACAUACCAUGGCUGGUGAAGCAGUAUCCGGAGGAAUUUCGGAAGAAGCCGUUACUGAUUGUCCAUGGCGAGAAACGGGAAUCGAAAGCAAAGCUACACGAGGACGCACAUCCGUAUGAAAAUGUUCGUCUGUGUCAGGCCAAGUUGGAUAUCGCCUUUGGGACCCACCACACGAAAAUGAUGCUGCUAUUGUACAAAGAAGGUCUCCGUGUUGUGAUCCAUACAAGCAAUCUUAUUCAUGAAGACUGGCACCAGAAAACUCAGGGGAUUUGGCUGAGCCCUUUAUAUCCACGUAUAGCUGAAGGAGACUCCAUUUCUGCUGGUGAACCUGUGACAAACUUCAGGGCAGAUCUCAUUGCAUAUUUGGCUUCUUACAAUUCGCCGAGUCUGAAAGAAUGGAUGGAUAUCAUUAAACAGCAUGAUCUAUCACAGACAAGGGUUUAUCUGGUUGGAUCAACCCCUGGAAGGUACCAAGGGAAUGACAAAGAGAAAUGGGGUCAUUUGCGUCUGCGAAAGAUUUUAAGAGAAAACACUUCUGCCAUUGCUGGACAGGAAUCCUGGCCUGUGAUUGGUCAAUUUUCAAGCAUAGGAUCCAUGGGAACUGACAAAACCAAAUGGCUGCACUCAGAAUUCAGGGAGAGCCUCCAGACACUCGGAAAAGGCAUAACAUCUUUGGGGAAAAUGGAUCCUCCUCUACAUUUGAUAUAUCCAUCAGUGGAUAAUGUGAGGACCAGUUUGGAAGGCUAUCCCGCUGGCGGCUCCUUGCCAUACAGCAUCCAGACCGCUCAGAAACAGCCAUGGCUACAUUCAUUCUUCCAUAGGUGGAAAGCAGAGACCUCUGGCCGUAGCAGAGCGAUGCCUCAUAUUAAGACGUACAUGAGGGUCUCUCCCGACGUCCAGGAGUUGGCCUGGUUUAUAGUAACAAGUGCUAAUCUCUCUAAAGCGGCAUGGGGAUCUUUCGAGAAAAACGGGACCCAAAUGUUCAUCCGGUCCUAUGAACUGGGGGUUUUGUUCCUGCCCUCUGCAUUUAGCUUGGACAAAUUCAGUGUGAAAACGAAUAUUUAUUCUAGAAAUGAAAGCUGUGAAGGUGCAUUUCCUGUGCCAUAUGACUUGCCUCCCGAGCAUUACAGUGGGAAAGAUAGGCCCUGGGUAUGGAAUAUUCCCUACGUGAAUGCUCCUGACACACACGGAAAUAUCUGGUGUCCAUCAUAAACAUCUCUGAAAGUUCAAAGAAUAUUUUUGUAUUCCAAACACAGGUUUUUGGAGGUGUUUUUCUUUCUUCUUUUUUUUUUUUAACAGUGUUCCAGGGAGAGUCCCAAUUACAUUACUUUUAUUUUUUUUUGUACUGCAUUCAAAAGAAUUAUGGAUUUAAAAAAUAUAUUUUUCAUGUUUUUUUGUGAAAAUUGUAAUAAAAUGCAUAACUAUU